UACGUCUUGUUUUCAGAUUUUACGAAAAAAACAUCAGCUGGUAAUAUCGAGCUUACUCAUCCAUCACGGAACUUUUAUUAUGACGUAAUUUGUAAAUAAACACACGUGCGUUUUGUGUUGGGGAGUUUGUUUUUUGCAAAGUUUGAGGCAAUGACUGAUGUUCUUGGGAUUGAUAUUGGCACCACAUCUGUGAAGGUUGUCGUGGUUUCAGAAGAUAAUGGAGAGCCAAAGAUUUUUGGUUCAAAGAAUCUGUGUCAUAAUGCAAAUCUAACAAGUUCUGACAAUGUAUCACAUUUUGAACAAAAUCCAACCAAGAUAUUGACAGCAUUAAAGGAAUGUUUGAGAUUGUUGAAAGAAGAAAUAGGGACAAGAAUAACUACAAUAAAUACAAUUUCAAUAUGUGGCCAAAUGCAUGGCUGUGUGCUGUGGAACAGUGACGAUCAGACCAAUGUUGAAAAUGAUGGAAUAUAUUAUCCUUGCUCUAAUUUAAUAACAUGGCAAGAUCAGAGGUGUGACUCGGAAUUCAUUUUAUCACUACCUGUUCCAGAAAAAUGUGUCCCUGUUUCUACAGGAUUUGGAUGUGCAACAAUGUUUUGGCUGCGGAAAAAUUCUCCUGAGAUUUUAUCAAAAUACAAUUGUGCUGGAACAAUAAUGGAUUAUGUUAUUGCAAGUUUAUGCAAACUCAGAAAACCAAUAAUGUCGACUCAAAAUGCAAUGAGUUGGGGUUAUUACAAUUUCAUUGAUAGGAAGUGGAAUUUAAAAUUAUUGAAGAAAAAUGACUUUCCUGUAAAUUUCUUACCAGACAUUGUAAAUCCAGGCAACAUUGUUGGAAAGUCACAAAUAGAUUGGUGUGAUAUACCGGCUGGUAUAGAUAUUACUGUUGGGCUUGGUGACAUGCAAUGUUCUGUGCUUUCCUGUGAUCCAGAUUCCUCUACUGGUGUUUUCAACCUUGGCACAGCAGCUCAACUUUCUACAAUACUGCCAAUCCAAUCGGGAAUUGAACAUUAUAGUUUAAAAUAUUCUGCAACCGUACCUUCAUCAUCUAUUUGUGUACCUUACUUUGGGGAAUUUUGCUUGUGGACUUCGGCAUCAUUAAAUGGUGGGGCAGUAUUUGAAAAAUUUGCAAGAAUGAUGCAUAGGUGGACAGUACAAUUUGUACCAUCACUUACUAUGAGUGAUAUAUAUGAAAAACUUAUUGACAUCGAUAGUGAUGCAGAGCCUGCAACAAGUAUGACAAUUAAUCCAACUAUAUAUGGUGAAAGACAUGAUCCAAAUAAACAAGCUUCUGCACAAUACAUUGGUCCAGAAGAUGACUCUAUUUCAACUGUUUCUAAUAAACUAGCAUUUGGCAUUAUAAGGAAUGUAUUUGACAUGUUUAACAGUGGUAUGGAAGAAAGACAUGUUAAAAUAAAAACGCUAUUGGCGCAUGGAACUGCUUUUGAAAAAAAUACUUUAUUCAGAAAAGCUUUGAAACAAAUUUCAGGUGUAGAAUGCAAGUUUGAUGUAAUAUUGGAUGGAGCUUAUGGUGUUACACGAUGCAAGAAAUACACUUGAUAUAGUACCUCUAACAUUAAUAAAGUAGUGUUUCCAAUAAUCGGUUGGGCAAUACCAUGAGCAAUGAAACUGGAUCAAAUACAAACAGAAUAUGAGGAGUAUGCACAUAAUGUGGUUUAAUUCAAUGGCAAUUUCAAUGUAAUUGGACAGGAUGUGAUAUCUACUCAAUGGACUGGGUAGUAGGUAGUAGUUUGAUUAGUAUGAGUUAUUGAAUGAUUGAUGUUCUAUUGAAUUUUUAAUAUAAACUGAUUUAUUUUCUGAUAAAGUACGGAUCAUGAAGAUACAUAUAUUUGAAACAUUUAAUGGACAAAACCAAUUUUAUUGUGUUUAUCGAGUCGGUCUGAAAAACUUGCUUCAUUUUCUUUCAUUUAUUAAUUGUUGCCAUUGAAUAUAUUGAUUUAUUCAUUCGCAAUGGGCUCAAUGGAACUGAA